AUGGGAUCACAGACUUCGAAGCCGGCAGAAACGCGUGUUUUUACACCUCAGAGUCAAGUGGAUUUUACCAGUACCCUUUUAGCGCAACUUGAAAAUGCUACGGAAAUCGAUUAUACGCGACAACAAUUGGCUGACAAGUACCUUGAGCAACGAGUUUCGGAGAAAUUAGUGCAAUUGGAGGAAGAAACGCUCAAGAAAUUCGAAAAUAAGUUAAAUACUUCACUUUUAGCGGAAAAUUUGGGCAAGGAAAACGAGAUUUCCUCGCAUUCUUUGAGUGACAAGGUUGACGCUCUGAAACAACGUCUGGCAAAAUUAGAGCAGUCACAUACGUCUGGUACUGUCAGUGAUGCCACUGACAAACUUCAAAAAGCGAUUGUACAAUGUCUUGUAGAUAACAAGGGCAAACCUUUGAACUGCUAUGAAGAAAUCCAAGCAUUUAAGAAAUUGACUUGGGGUCAAUAA